CGUGAACUUUUGACUACCCCGUGGGCCGUGGCAUAUAUUCCCAGCGACCCACUUCCAACGGUAGAAUAAAAAUUCACUGGACUCUGUCAAAAAGGCACAGUAAAAGAUUAGAAGAAUUUACAGGACUUGGCCGAUCCCAGUCCUAGUCAACCCGGCCACUGACUCACUGAGAGCUUCUUCCCCAACGCAACCAGCUCCCUGGUUCUCUCCUCAAUCCCGUUCGUCUGCGGCUGCAGAGAUGAGCCUCUCCGUCGCGCAGGGAUUCACGAAGUCACUGGCGAUGACUGUUCUUUCGGAAAUCGGAGACAAAACGUUUUUUGCAGCUGCGAUAUUGGCAAUGCGACAUCCAAGGAGACUCGUCUUGGCAGGUUGCCUUUCAGCAUUAAUUGUGAUGACAAUUCUAUCUGCAGUUGUUGGCUGGGCUGCUCCCAAUUUGAUCUCUCGAAAGUGGACUCAUUAUAUUACAACUUUAUUGUUUUUUGGAUUUGGGCUAUGGUCAUUAUGGGAUGCCAUUAAUGAGGGGGUUUCUGAAGAGUUUGCUGAAGUUGAAGCAGAACUGGAUGCUGAUGUCAAUGCUAACAAUGGAGCAUCCAAAGGCAAGGAUAAGAACGAUAAGGUUUUUGAAGAUUCAAAAAAGCAGAGGAGGCCAGUUCUCACUCAAUUUUUUUCGCCGAUCCUUCUAAAGGCAUUUUCAAUUACAUUUUUUGGGGAAUGGGGUGACAAGAGCCAGAUUGCUACCAUUGGUCUUGCUGCCGAUGAGAACCCAUUAGGUGUUGUUCUUGGAGGAAUAAUUGGACAGUCAUUAUGUACUACUGCUGCCGUGUUGGGCGGGAAGAGCCUUGCAGCUCAGAUCUCUGAGAAAGCGAUUGGACUCGCUAGCGGACUUCUGUUCAUUGUUUUCGGCAUUCAGUCCUUCCUUUCACCGGUUGAUUGAGGGUAGGCUCUCGUGUUAGCGUCUACCGGUGGUAUUUUAAUUGCUAACCUUAUUAUGUUAUGGACACCCAAAAGUUGUGCUCAACUUUCUUUUAUUAUAUAUAUAGCAAACAGCCUAUAAAUGCUACAGCACAAAGUAUAUUUUACAUCUAGAUGUAUACAUACAUCUAGUCACAUUUUUGUAAUUUUUUUAAUGAUUGCUCAUCGUUGCCCUAAAGAAAAUGCAUUUCUUUUG